AUGUCCUUCUCUAACGGGGAAUUUUGGCUCAUCUCCGCGCCGGGCGAGAAAGGCGCCAACGACGCCUGGGAGCGGCUGAAUCGCGCCACUUCGAAUCUGUCCUCCAACCACAAGUUCACCAUCCCUGAUUUGAAGGUUGGAAUUGAAGCGGAAUAUUUAAUUUACUUGUUUUUUAGGUCGGUACUCUUGAUCAACUUGUGGGAUUGUCCGAUGACCUCAGCAAGCUUGACACAACCGCUGAGGCGUGAGUUUUUUUGGUUUUUCGAAAUAAAAAUCUCUUCAUUCUUCAAUUUGCACCCUUUUUUGUUUCAUAGGCCGUUCAGUUUCCGAUAUUCACUAAAUGCAACUCUUAUCCUUCAAAAACAGAUUUUUUAAGGUUUUGAGAAGUCUUAUAUUCAACGUUUUUUUUUUCGUAAGAGCAUACGCAAAGUUCAAAAAAGAUUUUUAGAGCGUGAAGAAUUUUACAAUUUUAAGUUUGAAAGUGGUUCAUAUCCGCCCUUAAAAACCCCAAUGAGCUGCUCUCACGAUUUUCGGCUUCUAUUUUUAGAUUCUGAAACUACAUAUCAAAAUAUUUUUACCAUGAAAAUGUAUUUUAGUAUUGUAGUGUUUCAGCGUGACGCGCAAGCUCGUUCAGUACUUCAACGAGGUCGUCGAGGAGGACAAAAAUAAGCCGCCAGAAGUGCUCACCGUAGGAAAUAGUAAUUCAAAUUGCUUCUGAUUCGCUCGUACACGCUAUUCUUUAGAGGACGUGAACACGUAUGUGACUAAAUUCCAAUGGGAAGGCGCCAAGUAUCCGCUGAAGCAAUCUUUGAAGAUCCUUAGCGAAAUUAUUGGAAAGGUUUGUUCAUUUAAAAAAGGUGAAAUUCUUCGAUUUUAGUCAUUUUAAUCAUUUCAGUCAGAUUUCAGUCAUUUUAAUCAUUGAACAGCUUUGAAGAUUAGUAACAAAACGAUCAGACUAAGAAAACAGGAAUUUUUGAUGAAUUUGCUUUAAAACCAUGUUGGUUAGCUUGUUGAGAGGAGAAGGAAAAGAAAUGAAAUUUUUAUUUUACACAUAUUGACCAAAAAGAUUUUCUGCUCCCGAUUUAAGUCUUCAAUUUUUCUCAGGGUUUGAAAGAUAUUCAUAAACUUGAAGAUUUAUGAAGUUAACAAUUUUUUUUCAGCAAUUAACGCAAAUCGACAACGAUCUGAAGGCAAAAUCGUUGACGUACAACAACUUGAAGAACAGUUUGGCGUCGAUUGACCGAAAAUCGACGGGAUCCCUCCUGACGAAGGACCUUUCUGAUAUCGUCAAAGCUGAGGAUUUUGUACUCAACUCUGAGUACCUCCAAACCGUCGUCGUUGUUGUACCCAAGUGAGUUUUGGCCUUAAAAAAUUGGCAUUUUUGUAUGGAAGUUCAAGAAAAUGUUCAUUUUUGCUUAGAAGUUAGGAAAAUGGUUUUGUAAAAUUUUUCAAAAGGUUUUAAAAAUGGUAGGAGAAUUUUUUUUUCCAGCAGUUCCUAGGAAGUUUUCUAAUGAUGAGUUAAAAUUGAAAUUUUUUUUUUUUGAAAAAAAGUGGCUACUUUCAAGAUUUUCUCUACAACUUCAUUCGUUUUCGAAUGAUGAGUUUUUGACAUUUUUUGUUGAAGAUGAAUUUUUUGCUUCUUUCUUAUCUUUAUUAGGUACUCUGGUCCUUCAUUAGCGGAGAUAAGAAGGAAAGGCGACUGAAAAUGAUGAUUUUCGCUGUUUUCAAGCGAUUUUGUGGCGUGGAUCGAAACGUAACAUGUCUUGAAACUUGAAAGCUUGCUUUAGAAGAAGUGCUCUGAAAAAGUUGAAUACUUUCAAAUUUUGCUUGUUCUUAACUAAAAACUUAAAAGGUUCAAAGGAAAAUAAAGAUUUCAAAAAUAGGUAAAUCUUAUUUUUCUCCAUAAUUUCCCCUAUAGAAGAAGGAACUGUCCCCAAACAAAAAAAAAAUUUUUUUUCAGGAUUUUGAUCAAAGAAUGGGACACGAAAUACGCAACCCUAUCAUCAAUGGUCGUCCCGGGAUCUUCUCGUUUAUUAACAGAGGACGGCGAUUUGGCCCUCUACUCUGUGACGUUAUUCAAGAAGGUCAUGGACGAGUUCAAGAACACGGCUCGCGAGAACAAGUUUUCAACAAAAAUGGAUGAUUUUUCAUGAUUCUGCCGGUUAAGAUUCACGGUCCGUGACUUUGUCUACGACGAGGAGUCGCUGAAGGCCGGCAAAAACGAGCGCGACAAGCUGGUGGCCGAGAAACAACGCCAAUACGCGCCGCUGAUCCGUUGGUUGAAGAUCAACUUUGGCGAAAUCUUCGCCGCCUUCAUGCACAUCAAGGCUCUGCGCGUAUUCGUCGAAUCCGUUUUAAGGUAAUUAUUUUUUGCUCUGACCAAGGAAAAAUUGAGACAUACAUUUGUUUGAUUCAUGAGUACUUAUCAGCUAGAAAAUAAGAAAAAGAAUCGAAAGAUAAUCGACGGAAUUAAUUAAGGUUUUCAAGAUUUUUGGAUAAUUUCAAUUUUUCAUAAUGAUGAUUUACAGUCGACGGAAAAAAGAAUAUGUCAAAUUUCUAUAGAUAUCGACAAUCUAAAGAAAAGGGAAUAUUUUCAGCGACAUGACUUUAGUACUUUCUCACGUUAUAUUGAUUUCGUGUCUUGUUAAAGUCAACUAAUUCACAGUCUUUUUGAAAAUUGAUUGAGAAAUUUUUAGGUUACUUUCAUCUUUCGUAAGACUGUAGAGAAGUUAAAUUAUAAGCACAAAGAACUUUUUCAAAAAAAUGAGAGGAUUUCGCCUAAAUGGAUCAAGGGGGAAUUUUAAUUAAUUUAGAAUUAAAAUUCCCCCUUGAUAUUGAUAAAAUUUUUUUUGUGCUUCCAAUUUCUAUAUGAACGUAAAAUUGGUUUUUUCGAAGUUUAAUGGAAAAUCUGGUUGAAAUAAGCAUCAGUAUUGAAUUAUUCUAGUUAUGCGCGAAGAAAUUGGGAUUUUCCGGACUUAUUUUCACGAAAUCCAACCUUUUGUUUCUUUCAGAUACGGCCUCCCUGUCAACUUCCAAGCGGCCGUCGUAGAGCCUUUGAAGGGUACCCAGAAGAAGCUCAGAUCUGAGUUGCACAAGCUUUAUAUCCAUUUGGAUGGUUCCGCAGCUGGACCAAUCGAUGUGAGCACCUUUUCUUUAAAAAAAACAGUUUUCUACGGAUUUUAAGAAGCUCAAAUAAGGCCCCAGAGCGAAAUUUAUUGCAAACGAGAAAAUUAGAACGUUUUUUACGGCUUCAAACUUCGCACAAAGCUUUUUUGAACUGACUUUCCUUAUUUAUUUAUUUUUUUCCAGACUUUCGAAGAUUCGCCUGCCUUGAUGUCUCUCGGCGUCAACGAAUACUACCCCUACGUUUUCUUCAAAUUAAACUUGGACUUUCUUCACAAAUAA